UGCCCCGCUCCCAGCUCCUCCACAGGCCCCGGGGCGAGGAGGAGCCGCCGGCCGAGAUGGACUCGGACCUGGACGAGCAUUUGCGCGCGGCUUUCCGGGACAAGCUGCGGCUGCUGCUCCAUGCUGAGCUCCGUGGCAGGACGGUGCCAGCGCGGGAUGCAGCCACCCUGCUGCCCUCCACUCGCGUGCUGCUGAAGAGGCGGGAGGUGGCAGAGGUGGAGCAGGAGCUGCAGAGCCAGCGGGAGGAGUUUCGGCAGAGGAUGGAGCGCCUGGCGCAGCGCCGGGAGCAGCUGGCCCGGAGGGAAGAGGAGCAGCGGGAUGUCGUUCUCAAAUACAACGCCUUCCUGAAGGCUGCGGGGGCCAGGCGGGAGCGGGCAUUGCGGCGGGAGGGCCGGGAGCGGGCGCGGGCGGAGGCCGAGGCCGCCCGCCUGCACCGGGAGCUCGAGGGGCUCCUGCAGCACAGGGAGCGCCUGGCCCGGCGCCUGCGGAGCCUCCGCCGCUUCGGGGACUACCUGCGGGACGCGCUGGCCAGCAUGGGGCAGUUCCAGGAUGUGCCGGCCAUGCUGGUGCACUUUGCGGUGCUGGCGGAGGCACAGGCAACCCUGGCACAGGAGGCAGAAGCUGGGCAGGAACGGCUGGCCCAGGGCAGGGCACGGCUCCAGCGGUGCCAGGAGGAGAUGAGCACUGAGAUCCUGAGCACCAAUAAUGAGCUGGCCCAACUCCACACGCGCCUGGAGGCUGCCCACCAAGAUGUGCUCCAGUGGGAGUCCUGCUGGGCCCAUGUCCAGAGCACAGCCACCCAGAAGACCCUGCUGCUGGGGCAGAUCAAGCUGGCCGUGCUGAACCUCUUCCAGCUCUGCACUGCACGGCUCAGGAUCCCCAUGGAUGUGGCCCUGGAGGACACUGAGGCCCAGUUGGACAUGUUGCUGCUCUGCAUGCGGGGCCUGACUAACAUCUGUACCACUGGCAGGCACCCACCGCGCCACAGGGGUGCCAGGCUGUCUUGGAGCCAGGAAUAGCUCCUGGGAACACCUGGCUGCUCCCAGGGCUAGAGAGAGGCUGCCAAGGCCAGUGUGGAGCCACAGGACCCCUGAGAACAGAGGUCGCUCUCUGACAAGUCUGGGAACUCCAUGAUGAGAGGCAACAUGGAUGGCUGUGGCACAGGCACACUGGGGUGGCACUGCUCCAGGGCAGAACAGAGAGCUGCUGUUGGUAUCUCCAAAGGUGUCUCCCAUCAAAAUACAUCCCAGCUGUGGAGAUGCAAGACUCGCUUGU